AAAUCUAUACGACUUGAUUUUGACCUCAAUUGGGGAUUGGUUAUGAAUAUGUACCACACAACAUGGUUAAGUUGAAAGAAAACUAAUUCGUCGGAAAUUACGAGGAUGGCUAGUAGCCGAGAGCAGAAAUGGUCUCUCAAGGGCAUGACUGCUCUUGUCACAGGUGGCACCAGAGGCAUAGGUUAUUCAAUUGUGGAGGAAUUAGCAGGAUUCGGUGCAUCUAUACAUACGUGUUCAAGAAAUCAAAAAGAGAUCAAUGAAAGGCUGGAAGAAUGGAAAGGCAAAGGGUAUGUUGUUACUGCUUCGGUCUGUGAUUUGUCUUUUAAAGAACAAAGGGAGGAACUCAUGAACACCGUUUCUUCCAUUUUUGAUGCCAAACUCAACAUCCUUAUAAACAAUGCUGCAAUAUCCCGACUUAGAGAUGCAACAGAAUAUACAACCGAGGAUUGUUCAUAUAUAAUGGGGACAAACUUUGAAUCUCCUUUCCAUUUGACUCAACUCGCACACCCAUUGCUCAAGUCAUCAGGAAAUGCAAGCAUCGUGUUCAUCUCUUCUGUUGCUGGUGUCACGGGUCUUCCUUCCAUAUCUGUAUAUGCAGCUGCUAAAGGUGCAAUCAAUCAAUUGACCAAGAACUUGGCUUGUGAGUGGGCUAAAGACAAUAUUCGCACCAAUGCUGUUGCACCAUGGGGUGUCAGAACCACCAUUAUGAACUUCGAGAAGGUGGAUGACAAAAUUAUUGAAGCAUAUGCCCCAUUAAUGGCUCGCACUCCAGGCCGUCCAAUAGCAGAACCUGAUGAAAUAUCACCUUUGGUGGCAUUCCUUUGCCUCCCAGCAGCAUCCUAUAUUACUGGACAAGUUAUUGUUGUGGAUGCCGGAUACACAGCCGGAGGUUUUAAAUUCUAGAACCAUAAGGCUGAUGUUACAUUAAUUUCUCUAAACUAAUGUAUUUGUUUAUGAAUUUCUUAAAGUCUCAUCGCCAUCAUUAUCAAGAAAGUAUUAUGCAACAUUAAUAUCGCCAUCUUCUUGUC